UGAAGUAUAUGCCUCUUACGGAUGCAGAGGCAUCGUAAAAACUCAAAUGGAAUUUGUGUUUUCAAAGAUUUUGUGCUUACUGUGCAUUGACUGCAAUAUGCUGAUGGAAUAAGGAACAAAAGGAGAGUUACUUUGAAAAACUGAAAAUGUUCCUUGUCGAGGAAGUUCAGAAACUUGACAGGAGUGCAAGAUGGAAUUACACAUUUCAGGUAUUGAAUUUGGAGACCAGAAAAGUUGUAGAAAACUUCACCUUGAAAGCAGCUAGACAACCAGAGCAUAGGAAUUUGAACAGAUACAGAGAUGUCCUGCCAUAUGACCACUCAAGGGUUGAGCUUGAAGCUGGAAAUACAAACUACAUAAAUGGAAAUCUUGUUGAGGUUUGUUGAAAUUAUGACUUUUGGAAACUAAAUGUGCUAAAAACUAAAGAAACCAUUGGUGUUGCUAU